AAGUUGGUUCAAUGAAAGUGCAAAAGAUAGGAAUAGGGUCGCAAGAUAUGCCUGUUGAUUUUCUCUUUUGUGUGGAAUGUAAAAUUUAAUAAAGAACCCUAAUAAAGCUGGUGCCUAAUUCUUAUUACUUCUUAGCCUUAUGAAAUUUUCAUUCAUGCAAGAUUCCUGCCAACUUGGUUUUUAGAUUUAUAAUGGUGAACCAGUCUGAAAGAGGCUGGCAUGGCAUCAGCAUCUGUUUCGGGAUUGUCUAAUUGGGAAUGGAGUUGCAGGUUAGAUUCGCUUAGGGCUAUUGUUCUUUUUCAAGUAAUAGAUUGUUGCAAUUAGAGAAAAGUCAAGCAGGAUUCUUAGAUGCUAUAAUAUCAGAUUUUGCUGCAGAAAAAACUGCCAGUUAACCUAAGAUCAGUGCAACUUUACAUGCUGUAAGGCCAUGGAGUGGAAAUUUGAGCUGCAGGAGCUGCAUAGGAGGCGCUUACAAGUAAAAUCAAAAUCAAAGUUUCAUAAGAAAUCAAAAGUUUCAACUACGUCAACUGAAUAUUCAAGUGUUGCAAACUUGAAAAGCGAUGGGAACAAUAAUUCCUCUGUGCAUCAAGACACUGUUCCGGCAGAGUCUGCUACAAAGAAGCGCCAAAAACUAUUUUGGGGGCUUGACACCAAGGAAAGGUGGGAAAGAAAAGCCAACAUGUAGGUAUUACCAGAUCAAGCUUUAGACACUAUCUGGGGGGCCAAUUUUGAAGCUAUUAAUAUGUAUUUUAUUGACAUGUUUAGAGCGAAUGCUUGAUUUCUGGUGUAUAUAUUGUAGCAGUGUUGUGUGAAACAAUUGGCAGCAAAGAAGAAAAGGGAGUAUUUCAACAUGUAACUGGAUUAUUUUAUAAUUGUAAAACCACCAAAGAACAAAAAUCUCACCUGUUUAUGUCACUCAGCUCCAAUGACUCUUCA